AAUGACAAUGCAAGUGACUNCAACAAUCGGAGCAAUGCGAAAAGGAUUAUCUUAAGUGAAGAACAUCAGUCUCGCGCUUUGGCACCUGUCGGUGGAUACUAUUUCCUUUUUGAUCAUGAAGAGGAAUUGAAGAAACUUUGUGGUUACGAUGUGCCGCGUGUGUUCAGAACGGAAAGUAGUCGUGUCAAAAUUGAAUUCAAAUCAGACGAAAAAACAACUGGCAAAGGUUUCAAUAUUACCUGGAGAGGAGAAUGCGGAACAGUGUUCCGUCUGAAUCACGGCGUCGUAACAUCGCCCCAUUACCCAAGUUUCUAUCCGAACAUGAAUUCGGUGUGUAGUUAUCUGAUCGAACCUGAAUACGAAGGAGUACCAAUCAUCACUCUGAAGAUUCUCGAUCUAGAUCUCGACAGAUAUGCAGUUGAAUUCAAUCGUGAACCAUGUAAUUCCGACUACCUUGAACUGCGUGAUGUUUUUGCGAAUCGAAUUAUCGACACGUUUUGCUUUGGACGUAACGAUAUGGGCGAACUACCACCAAUCUCUGUAAAGGGUCCAAUUGGUGUUCGAUUCGUGACAAACUUCUCGGUCAUUGAAGACUUCGGUGAUGGUAGGAAGCCGCAUCGUGGUUUUAAGCUAUCUUACGCAUUGUCAAAGUGUGGUGGUGAAAUAAACCUGAAAGAUGUUGAUGAUGGUAUGUCAACCGCGAUAUCCUCACCAGGCUUUCCAUUACAGUAUCACCAUGGCUUAGAGUGCAUAUGGAAUAUUAGUGCACCAGAGGGACGACUGCUUAGUGUCAAAUAUACUCAUAUGGACUUAGAAGAAUCGUGGAAUUGUAAUUUCGACUAUUUGGAGCUAUUCGAUGGAUUCGAAAUGAACAAUGAGACAAGUCUGGGUCGUGUUUGUGGUGACGUUGUACCACGGAAUCAAAUCAUGAGCACGGCGAAUUUCAUGAUCGCUAAGUUCGUUUCAGAUCGAAGUAUGAGCAAAGGAGGAUUUAAGAUUAUUCUCACCGCUACGCUUGGACCAUCUGAUGGAUGCGGUGGUGAGCUGACCGCCACUGAUAAUUGGGCAGAGCUGAAGUCGCCAAUAGAUCGAGACACCGAUCUUUAUUAUCAUAAUCUCCGUUGCGGCUGGACAAUCAAAGCAGCUGUCGGAAAGAACAUUCAAUUGGAAAUAACAGACUUUGAAUUGGAAACACCGUCGCUCGAACUGGGCAAAUGCUAUGAUUUCUUAUCGAUAUACGAUGGCUAUAAAACGAUUGCGCCACUUCUUCUGUCGAAUACGUGUCGAAUAGAGGAGGAUUUACCGUUGAAAUUCAGAAGUUCCUAUCGUGCCGUAUUCGUCUACUUUGAAACCGAUUCCGAUAAGGCUUACAAAGGAUUCACGAUUCGUUAUCGAGCUACAGCUCCGACAUGUGGUGGUAGAAAGAUAGCUGAAAGCGACCCUGUAGAAUUGACGUUUGAAAGCGAGAAAGGUCUUACAAGAACAGCGCCAAAACAUCAACGUUGUCGAUGGAUUAUCUACUCGAAAGAGCAAAUGCCUUUACGCAUUCAGUUCACUCAAUUUUCAUUUCCGUCAUCGGUCGCCGAUUGCACUGAUGAAUACUUGGAAAUUCGAGACGCAGGCACACCGGCUGAAUGCAGUCAUCCAGCUUGUGCGGAUUCGGAUCGAUCUCAGCAAACUUUGCAGCUCUGCGGCAAUACGCUGCCACCAGAUUUUGUGUCAGGAACGAGUGUCGUUCAGAUCACUACUUCAACACUACUACAAAGCGAGCAUACAUCGAAAUUUACGCUGUUCUAUCAAACGCUUGAUUCAUGCAAUAGAACUGUGAAUGUUCGAACGCGACCAAGUGGUCGCUUAACGAGUAGCAAUUAUCCGAAUGCAUACGAUCACAACAGUUCGUGUACAACAACACUAGAGGCACCGGAUGGCUAUCGAAUUUUGGUGGUAUUCAAAGAUUUCCGUUUGGAGAGCGCCAGGCGAGUGUUUGGAAUGAGUCGUAUGCCGUCGUCUUUUCGUGAACGUUCACGGACAUCAAGUAUAGCUGAGCGAUGGCGAAAUCCAUUCUCAAAGUUCAUUCGGCUACCAAGUGGAAUGGUCCUAAUGCCUCGUACGGGUUCAUGUGAUUUUGACUAUGUUCAGCUUAUCGAUUCGAAUGGAAAUGUGUCACAACGUUAUUGCGAUUUUAAACUGCCACCAACAUUUUUCAGUCUUCAAAAUAAAAUGAGUAUUUUUAUGAAAACUGAUAACACAGUUGCACCUGGUGGAUACGAUGCGUAUUAUUAUGCUACAAGACCAACAGAAGAUACCACUACUACAGUGUUCAAUUUUGCAACGAUCAGUGAAAUGGAGGGUGCGCUAACAAAUAUUGGCUAUCCCGGAUAUGCACCAAAUCAAAGAAUGAUAUGGCAUAUCGAUCCUCCGAGAGGACAUAAAUGUAAAGUGACGUUGCUCAGACUUGAUUUCGGUGAGUUCAAGGAUGGUUCAUGUAUAGCAGCCGAACGCCUUGUUUUGCAUAUUAAUCGAGCAGGGGACUCUGCCACUCCAUCAGUUUACACUUCAUUGUGCAGAAAUUCGACAACAACACCGAAUGAUAUCGAAAUUGAACCGGGCAAUUGGGUUACUGUUGAAUUCAGUACAGACACUGAUGCAGCCAACGAUGGUGAUGGCUUCCGUCUAGACUGGUCGUGUGCAAAUUAUUUCGUCCCUCAAGUGUGA